GUGCACGACAGUACAGUGCCAAUGGAAGAAAUUGAAAAUUUUGCAACACGGCUGCGUGAAGUGCUGGAUACAAAAAGCGAUGAGAAAGAGAACGACGAGAAUGAUCAGACUGUUGAUAGUGAGCAGCAACCGUUAUCAUCAUCAUCAUCAUCAUCACCAUCAUCAUCAUCAGCAGCACCAGCAGCAACAGCAACAACGCAACCACCAACAGUAGCAUCAACGGCAUCAAGCGAAAGCAAGAAACGAUCGUUUGCUGGCGAUGAUUUGUCGUUGUCAAAUACCAACAACACCGCUGCGGAGAUGCUAAGCAAUGAAGCUUGCUCAUUAUCUGUUGCGGGAACCAGCAAUGACGAUGAGAAAUACAAACCCGAGGUGAAUCUGCUUUACCUCAAAAUAUUAUCAGGGUGGAGGCGAGGAAAAAUGAGGAAAUCGGGACGAGGAAGAGAGGAAAGAGGGUGGAAGUAG